GCUCAUCCCCGCAGUCUCCUCCUCACUGUAUCCUACAACACAUACGCUAAUUGCACAUGGUUUAUUCCUGAGUUGAAUCUGGCCUACUCAUCCCCCAGCGUUGAAAAAAAUCAUCUUUCUCGAAUAUUACACAACCACCGUUUAAUCCAGGCGGAAGCUUCCUCUUCGUUCGAGAAGCACCCAGUACAUUCUUCUCCCAUCGAGGGAUCCGAUCACCCGAUUCCCACCCGAGCAUCCUCCUCGAUCUCUUAAGCUCGCCCUACCCGCUACACCCGCGUCGACUUCUUUUUCGCCUCUCCCUCAAAACUCAAUUCAACCCCCGCACAAUCAUGGUGGCCGAAACAAAGCUCUAUGAUGCCUUGAGCAUCAAGCCUGAUGCUAGUCAGGAUGAGAUCAAGAAGGCCUAUCGCAAGGCUGCCUUGAAAUAUCACCCCGACAAGAACAAAGAUGACCCCAAAUCAGCUGAGAAAUUCAAAGAGGUCUCCCAAGCCUACGAAGUCCUCUCCGACCCUGAAAAGCGCAAAAUUUACGAUCAAUUCGGCCUCGAAUACCUGCUCCGUGGUGGCCCCGCCCCAUCACCCGGUGGUGGAGGUGGUGCCGGUGCUGGUCCCAGUGGUGGAAUGCCAGGAGGGUUCAACUUUGGCGGCAUGCCCAGUGGUGGUGGUACACGCACAUUCCACUUCUCAACCGGCACCGGCGGUGGUACCCAUGGCUUCAGCUUCAGCAAUGCAGACGAUAUCUUCCGUGAAUUCACUAAGUCCGGUGGAGGAGGCGCUGGGAGGGGUGGAUUCGACGAUGACAUUUUCUCCAUGCUCGGUGGCAUGGGAGGUGGUGGUGGUGGAAAUUUCCGCAGUCGCCCGGGCGCAGGAGCAAGCUUCCCAUCGUCCAAGGCAAACCGUGCCCCGACGCCAGAGCCAACUAUCAUCGAGAAAGACCUGCCGCUGUCGCUAGAUGAGAUCUUCAAAGGAACGACCAAGACGGUUGUUGCUAAGAGCAAAUCCUUUGAUGCUAGUGGAAAGCGCACUGUCAAAGAUGUGCCGCUGGAAGCUGUCAUCAAGCCUGGCAUGCGUGCCGGUACCAAGAUCAAGUAUCGGAAUAUUGGAGAUGGAGAAGAAGGUGGACGACAGGAUAUGCACCUCAUUGUGAAAUACAUUGAUCACCCAGAUUUCAAGGUCGAGCGCGACAACCUCGUUACAACCGUCGAACUCAGCCUCAAGGAAGCCCUGACCGGCUGGGAACGCAUCGUCCGUACCAUUGACGGCAAAUCUAUCCGCGUUUCCAAGCCUGGUCCCACACAGCCCGGCCACGAGGAACACUAUCCAGGCUGGGGUAUGCCAAACUACAGGAAGCCCACCGAGCGGGGUGACCUCGUCGUUCGGGUGAAGGUCACUUUCCCCAAGACGCUGAGCGCCGAGACAAAAACAAUUCUGAAGGAUCUUCUGCCUUAAAAAACAUGUUACAUAUUGAUUUACAUGCAUGGGUCUCGGCGUUGGUGUGAGCGUACUCUUACCAUUGGGUGGGGAUUAAUGACAAUGACAAUGACGACAUACUUGAAUGUUAAAUACUUUUCCUACAUAGAAAUGGAUUUGUAUGUCCUUUUCC